UAAAGCACAUUUAUAUGCAGAGAAAGACUUAAAAAUACAAUUUCUGCCAAGUGAAAUAUUAAACAGCAUGUUUCAUUAUAUUUGCUAUAGAUGCCAAAAGAGUUGCCAUUUUCAAUGAGGUAUGUUUCCUGCUUAUGUAACAGUCAUUUAUCAUAGAAGCUGUAAAAUGCAAUCUGGAAUUUCUCUUGCCAAAUUGCUGCCUGUUCUUGACAUUUUAUAUUAUUAAAGCUAUAAAAUCUAUAAAUACUUUUAGCACACUUUCACUAAAAGCAGCACUAGUAAGUAGCAGGCCUUGUCUUGUAUUUCAGUAGCCACGUCAAAACUUCUGAGCCAUGCGAAAUAGAAAGAGGGGUCCUAGGGUAUUUUAUGCCCAGGGCAACAAACGCCAAAUGCUGACGUAGAUAGCACUUAUUCGGUUUUGCCAGGAGCUGUGCUAAGUGAUUUUCAUAAAAUAUGUAAUUUAACCUACAGGCAACUUCAUGUGGUAUUAUUUUCACUUUUUUACAUAGAAGGAAAUGGAAGCUUAGAAAACUGAAGCAAUUUACCGAAAGUCAGAGUUAACAGAGCAAGGAAACCUGAACAGUGUGCAGCCUCCGCUCCCCAGAAAGUGUCAAAGAAUCACAUUUACUAGUACUUCAGACAGAAAUUCUGCGAAACAAGGCGUAUCUACUCUUGUUUUACUCCCAGACACUUCCCUGUCCCGCUUAGAUCAGUGGUGGUUUUCACUCAAAUUUAAGUGUGUAACAGUGUCCCCGGGAGGGCUCUGUUCAAACAGAUUGUUGUACGCGCCCCCUACCCCUGCCCACCCCGAGUGUUUGAUUCAGUAGGUCUAGUUUGGGAUCGAGAAUCUUUUUAUUUUGUUUUCCUUUUGUUUUGUUUUGUUUUUGAGACAGGGUCUCGCCCUGUCGCCCAGGCUGGAGUGCAGUCGUGCCAUCUCAGCUCACUGUAGCCUCUGCCUCCCUGGCUAAAGCGAUCCUCCAGCCUCAGCCUCCGGAGCAGCUGGGGCCACAGGCAAGCGCUACCACUGUAGGCUAAUUUUUUUUUUUUUUUUUUUUUUGUAGAGACUGGGGUCUCACUAUGUUGCCCACGCUGGUCUCAAACUCCUGGGCUCAAGCGAUCCUCCCGCUUCAGCCUCCCAAGGUGCUGGGAUUACAGGUGGAGCCACCGCGCCCGGCAUCGAUAAUCUGAAUCUCUAACGAGCUCCCGGGCGACGUUGAUGCAGCUGGUACCGGGACCACUCUUCGAAAAUCAUCGGUUUAGAGGUUUUAAUUCUGAAUCCAUUGCGAAAAGUGUUGGGCGGACAGAGCACUACUAACUCCUAACUUUUCUCAGAAACCUGGGCUCUGCUUUCGCCAGCAACCCGGUCCGAAGUCGCGGGCAUAUUCUGUCUGAAAUCGUGUGCACCGCAAUCCCCGCCUUGCGGUGGAGGAUGGCGCUAGGCGGCCUCAGCCUCGGCCUGCUGCGCUCAGGAACCCGCGCCCCGGCUCCUCGGCGAUCCAUUGCUCUUUCCGCUGGCGCCGGCCGCAGGCCUCGGUCACGCCCCCAGCGGCCCGUUGGUUCCCGGGUCCCGCGGGGUGCCCCCGCCCACACGCUAUGCCUUAAAUUGGGCCAGGCUGAGGCGCUGCUGCUCGAGCGGCCGAUCCGAGACGUGGCUCCCCGGGCGGAAGAACCAUGUUGGACUUCGCGAUCUUCGCCGUUACCUUCUUGCUGGCGUUGGUGGGAGCGGUGCUCUACCUCUAUCCGGCUUCCAGACAAGCUGCAGGAAUUCCAGGGAUUACUCCAACUGAAGAAAACGGACCCUUUUGAAACCAUGCUGAAGUCAUUAUUAAGGUAUCAAUCUGGUGGUGGCAGUGUGAGUGAAAACCACAUGAGGAAAAAAUUGUAUGAAAAUGGUGUGACUGAUUCUCUGAAGAGUAACUUUGCCCUCCUCCUAAAGCUUUCAGAAGAAUUAUUAGAUAAAUGGCUCUCCUACCCAGAGACCCAGCACGUGCCCCUCAGCCAGCAUAUGCUUGGUUUUGCUAUGAAGUCUGUUACACAGAUGGUAAUGGGUAGUACAUUUGAAGAUGAUCAGGAAGUCAUUCGCUUCCAGAAGAAUCAUGGCACAGUUUGGUCUGAGAUUGGAAAAGGCUUUCUAGAUGGGUCACUUGAUAAAAAUACGACUCGGAAAAAACAAUAUGAAGAUGCCCUCAUGCAACUGGAGUCUGUUUUAAGGAACAUCAUAAAAGAACGAAAAGGAAGGAACUUCAGUCAACAUAUUUUCAUUGACUCCUUAGUACAAGGGAACCUUAAUGACCAACAGAUCCUAGAAGACAGUAUGAUAUUUUCUCUGGCCAGUUGCAUAAUAACUGCAAAAUUGUGUACCUGGGCAAUCUGUUUUUUAACCACCUCUGAAGAAGUUCAAAAAAAAUUAUAUGAAGAGAUAAACCAAGUUUUUGGAAAUGGUCCUGUUACUCCAGAGAAAAUUGAGCAGCUCAGAUAUUGUCAGCAUGUGCUUUGUGAAACUGUUCGAACUGCCAAACUGACUCCAGUUUCUGCCCAGCAUCAAGAUAUUGAAGGAAAAAUUGACCAAUUUAUUAUUCCUAGAGAGACCCUCGUCCUUUAUGCCCUUGGUGUGGUACUUCAGGAUCCUAAUACUUGGCCAUCUCCACACAAGUUUGAUCCAGAUCGGUUUGAUGAUGAAUUAGUAAUGAAAACUUUUUCCUCACUUGGAUUCUCAGGCACACAGGAGUGUCCAGAGUUGAGGUUUGCAUAUAUGGUGACCACAGUACUUCUUAGUGUAUUGGUGAAGAGACUGCACCUACUUUCUGUGGAGGGACAGGUUAUUGAAACAAAGUAUGAACUGGUAACAUCAUCAAGGGAAGAAGCUUGGAUCACUGUCUCAAAGAGAUAUUAAAAUUUUAUACAUUUAAAAUCAUUGUUAAAUUGAUUGAGGAAAACAACCAUUUAAAAAAAAUCUAUGUUGAAUCCUUUUAUAAACCAGUAUCACUUUGUAAUAUAAACACCUAUUUGUACUUAAUUUUGUAAAUUUGGAUUUUUAUAUAUCAUAUUUUCUUAAUUCAUUGUACACAUUUGACUUACUGCACAGUAUAUUGAUCAUUUUAAUGGGAAACUUUAGCUUUCUACUUUUUAUUUUUGUUUUUUCACUUUCUAUGCCAUUAUUUUUGUAUUCUUUUUCUUAGUGUGAGCUCUAAAAUCAAUGUUCUUGAAAAAGAAAUUAUUUUGCAGAAGUUGGGGAAUCAUGUUUGUUGAAUAUGUAUAAAAUAGAAACAUAGGCUGGGCGCGGUGGCUCACACCUGUAAUCCCUACACUUUGGGAGGCUGAGGCAGGUGGAUCACCUGAGGUCCAGAGUUUGAGACCAGUCUGGCCAACAUGAUGAAACCCCAUCUCUACUAAAAAUACAAAAAAUUGGCGGGGAGUGGUGGCUCACGCCUGUAAUCCCAGCACUUUGGGAUGCUGAGGUGGGUGGAUCACCUGAGGUCAGGAGUUUGCGACCAGCCUGGCCAACAUGAUGAAACCCUGUCUCUACUAAAAAUACAAAAAAAUUGGCUGGGUGUGGUGGCCCACACCUGUAAUCCCAGCACUUUGGGAGGCCGAGGCGGGUGGAUCACCUGAGGUCCGAAGUUCGAGGCCAGCCUGGCCAACAGGAUGAAACCCUGUCUCUAUUAAAAAUACAGAAAAUUGGCCGGGUGCGGUGGCUCACCCCUGUAAUCCCAGUACUUUGGGAGGCUGAGGCGGGUGGAGCACCUGAGGUCAGGAAUUCGAGAUCAGCCUGGCCAACAUGGUGAAACCCCAUCUCUACUGAAAAACACACACACAAAAAUUAGCUGGGCAUGGUGGCACAUGCCUGUAAUCCCAGCUACUCAGGAGGCUGAGGCAAGAGAAUCGUUUGAACCUGGGAGGCGGAGCUUGCAGUGAGCCGAGAUUGCACCCCUGCACUCCAGCCUGGGCCACAGAGCAAGACUCUGUCUCAAGAAAAACAAAAAAAAAAGAUAAAUGGACAAAAGACCUGAACAAACAGCUUUUAUAGGAUAGUAUGGCUAACAAACUUUUAGAAAAGUGUUUAGUCUCACUAGUAAGUAACAAAAUAUUGGGGCAGGGCACAGUGGCUCGUGCCUAUAAUCCUAGAACUUUGGAAGGCCAAAGCUGGUGGAUUGCUUGAGCCCAGGAGUUUGAGACCAGCCCAGGCAACAUUGGGAGACCCUGCCUCUACAAAUAUACAAAAAAAUUACUGGGCAUAGUGACACACACCUGUAGUCCCAGCUGUUCUGGAGGCUGAGGUGGGAGGAUCACUUGAGACCAGGAGAGGUCAAGGCUGCAGUGAUCUGUGAUCACACCACUGCACUCCAGCCUGGGCAACAGAGCAAAACCCUGUCUUUAAAAAAACAAAAAACAAAAAAGGCCGGGCUCGGUGGCUCAUGCCUAUAAUACUUUGGGAGGCCAAGGCAGGUGGAUCAAUUGAGGUCAGGUGUUCGAGACCAGCCAGGCCAACUUGGUGAAACCCCGUCUCUACUAAAAAUACAAAAAAAAAAAAAAAAAUUAGCCAGAUGUGGUGGUGCACAUUUGUAAUCCCAGCUACUCAGGAGGCUGAGGCAGGAUAAUCGCUUGAACCUGGGAGGCAGAGGUUGCAGUGAGCCAAGAUCGCACCACUGCACUCCAGCCUGGGUGUCGAGUGAAACUCACUCUCAAAAAAAAAAAAAGGAGGUGGGGGGAGCUAUUUCAAGAAUAUUUUAAGUAGGCCGGGCACGGUAGCUCAUGCCUGUUAUCCUAACACUUUGGGAAGCCGACAUGGGCAGAUCACGAGGUCGAGAGAUUUGAGACCAUCCUGGCCAACAUGGUGAAAGCCCAUCUCUACUAAAAAUACAAAAAAUUAGCUGGACAUGCUGGCGUGCGCCUGUAGUCCCAGCUACUUGGGAGGCUGAGGCAGGAGAAUCCCUUGAACCUGGGAGGUGGAGGUUGCAGUGAGCUGAUGUUGUGCUAGUGCAAUCCAGCCUGGGCGACAGGGCUGAGACCCUGUCUCAAAAAAAAAAGGAGUAUCUUAAGUGUCUUUCAAAAUUACACUUUAGCACUUAUAAAUUUUAUAUAUAAUACUUUACUGAUAGCAUUGUAUAUUAGUCCAACUUUUUUGGCUACACUAUUUGUGAAGGAUUCCUUUUUUUCUUUAAGACAGCCACUGUAGGAAAUAUGCCAAGUACAGAUAGUGAGGAAAGAAAGGAAGAAAAAUGAUAAUUGUCUGCAAGUGGGCUUAUUUUUAACACUGCUGAAUUUCAUUUGUAAUUUUGCUUUCAAGAAUAUACUCUAGUAGACUGAGGCGGGAGGAUCACUUGAGCCCAGGAGUUGGAGGCUUCAGUAAGCUGCGAUCACACCACUGCCCUCAGCCAAACCUGAGUGAUAAAGUGAGACCCUAUCUCUUAAAAAAAAAAAUCCCUUUGUUGUUGAGUUAUUUUAUGUCAUUUAUUGGUAAAUACCUAACAUUUUAGACCUAGUCAUUACCAGUUAACAUAGAAUUUAAUUGGAUGCAGUCUGUAUUUUUGAAAAAAAAAACUUUUUUUGGAAUAACUUAAAUUCUAAAACUUUGGCCGGGCGUGAUGGCUCAUGCCUGUAAUCCCAGCACUUUGGGAGGCCGAGGCAGGCAGAUCACCUGAGGUCAGGCGUUCAAGACCAGCCUGACCAACAUGGAGAAACCCCGUCUCUACUAAAAAUACAAAAUUAGCCAGGCGUGGUGGUGCAUGCCUGUAAUACCAGCUACUCGGGAGGCUGAGGCAGGAGAACUGCUUGAACCUGGGAGGCAGAGGUUGCGGUGAGCCAAGAUCGCGCCAUUGCACUCCAGCCUGGGCAACAAGAGUGAAACUCCGUCUCAAAAAAAAAAAAAGAAAAAUUCUAAAACUUUAAGUGAAAUUUAUUAUCCCUUCCCACUUAUUUUCUGUGGUUUUGUGUGUAUAGAGCAUCUUCCUUUGUUACCCAAGUACCUCGAAUGGGUUGGAAACUGGCAGAGUAGCCAAUUGAUAUGUAAACCAAGUGUCAGAUCAGAUGAGAUGAAAGAGGUGGAGUUUAAAGCAAGUGAGAUAUGAUAAACAAUGAUGAGAGCAAAAAUAGGGCAGUUGAACCAGAGUCAGCCAGUUGGCAUAACUGCCAAUAAAUGAGGCAGUGUAGAAUAACUAAUAAUGAUUGGAAUCAAGGAAAAGAGAGCAUAGAGGAAUCAGCUAAAUUAGUAUGUUUUAUCCAUAGUUACAUGACUAACAAAUGAUUAAAAAGAAGUUAUUCUCUAGAUAAUUUUUUAAAUAAAAGUACUGUUAAUAUAUAAACUAAGUUAUUCAUUCACUGUUUUUCUUCACAGUAAGAAUGACAAAAAUCUGUGUUCUUUGUAUUUAUCAAAUGACUCAAAUUUUGGCCACUUCACUGUCACUGAUGGCUUAUAGAAUGAUUCUAGCAGGAGUCAAGUUAUUGCACUAUCAGAUGGGUUUUUAAUUGAUAUUGAAGUAAGUAAGUUUUGUAGCUUUUGGAGUUUUUAAAAACUACUUCAGUGAUUUUGAUUUAUAUUCUUUUUGAUAGUUCAGAAGUGUAUUGUUAAAAAACAUAAGCAUGGCCGGGCACAGUGGCUCACACCUGUAAUCCCAGCUCUUUGGGAGGCCAAGGCGGGUAAAUCACCUGAGUUCGGGAGUUUGAGACCAGCCUGACCAACAUGGAGAAACCCUGUCUCUACCAAAAAUACAAAAUUAGCUGGGCAUGAUGGAGCAUCCCUGUAAUCCUAGCUACUUGGGACGCUGAGGCAGGAAAAUCGCUUGAACCCAUGAGGCAGAGGUUGCGAUGAGCCGAGAUCGUGCCAUUGCACUCCAGCCUGGGCAACAAGAGCAAAACUCCGUCUCAGAAAAAAAAAAAAAAAAAAAAACGGCCAGGCGAGGUGGCUCACACCUGUAAUCCCAGCACUUUGGGAGGCUGAGGCGGGCAGAUCACCUGAAGUCAGGAGUUCAAGACCAGCCUGACCAACAUGGAGAAACCUCAUCUCUACUAAAAAUACAAAAUUAGCCGGGCGUGGUGGCACAUGCCUUUAAUCCCAGCUACUGGGGAGGCUGAAACAGGAGAAUCGCUUGAACCCAGUAGGGGAAGGUUGUGGUGAGCCAAGAUUGCACCAUUGCACUCCAGCCUGGGCAAGAAGAGUGAAACUCUAUCCAAAAAAAAAAAAAAAACCAUAAGUACAUAACUUUUUUUCUUUUUCUUUUCUUUCUUUCUUUUCUUUUCUUUUUUUUUUGAGGCACAGUCUUGCUUUGUUGACCAAGCUGGAGUGCAUUGGCAUGAUCACAGCUUAUUGUAGCCUCCACCUCCUGGGCUCCAGCAAUCUCACCUCAGCCUCUAGAGUAGCUGGGACUACAUAUGCAUGCCACCAUGCCCAGCUGUUUUUUUGUUUGUUUGUUUUUGGUUUUGUUUUUUUGAGACAGGGUCUCCCUGCGUCGCCCAGUCUUGUCUCAAACUCCUAGGCUCAAGCGAUCCUCCCACCUGGGCCUCCCAAAGUGUUGAGAUUGCAGGUGUGAGCCACCGCACCUGGUCCAUAAAACAUUUUUUUAUGAACUAAAGAGCUCUCUCAAACUUGUGCUAACAAAAUUUAAGGCAAUAUUAAUUCUGUGCAUGUGUUUGGGAAAAUUAAAAAAACUUACAUAGUGCUUAUUUGGCCCACAAAAGUACAGUUCCAUUUUUUAUAUAAAUAGAUUCUACCUAACUUAUAACCCCUAUGUCAAAAUUUGUUUAUCUUAAAAUAGUUUGUGUAAAAAAUCUUUACUGCUUUAUUAUGAAAUAAUAAUGUUUAUUAUAGAAAAAUCUAGGAAAACACAAAAAUGUCAAACUCAGUCAGUUAAUAGUCAUAGUCUCACUAUUUGAAGUUAACCACUGUUAAGAUUCUUUUUUUUUUUUUUUUUUUUUUUGAGACUGAGUCCCGCUGUCUAUUGCCCAGGCUGGAGUGCCAUGGCACCAUCUCGGCUCACUGCAACCUCUGCUUCCCAGGUUCAAGUGAUCCUCCCGCCUCAGCCUCCCAAGUAGCUGGGAUUGCAAACAUGUGCCACCACACCUGGCUAAUUUUUGUGUUCUUAGUACAGAUGGAGUUUCACCAUGUUGGCCAGGCUGGCCUCGAACUCCUCAACCUCAAGUAGUCUGCCCACCUUGACCUCCCAAAGUGCUGGGAUUACAGGCGUGGGGCACCAUGCCCAGCCCCACUGUUAAGAUUCUAAUGUAGGCUGGGCACAGUGACUCAUGCCUAUAACUCCAGCACUUUGGGAGUUCAAGGCGGCCAGAUUGCUUGAGCUUUUAGAAGUUUGAGACCAGCCUGGGCAACGUGGCAAAACCUUGUUUCUAUUAAAAAAUAUAAAAACUUAGCCAACCUUGGUGGCACCACCUGUAGUCCCAACUAUUCAGGAGGCUGAGGCGAGAGGAUGGCUUGAGCUCAGGAAGUCAAGGCUACAGUGAGCUGUGGUAGUGCCACUGCACUCCAGCAUGGUUGACAGAGCAAGACCCUGUCUCAAAAAAAAAAGAUUCUAAUAUAGAUACUCUUUUUAUGCAUAUGUAAUUUAUAUAUAUUAUACAAAAUAUUAUUUGCAUUUAACAUAUUCUGAACCAAUAGUCUUUUCUACAAGCAGAACAUUAGUAUUCUUGUCACUCUGAAUGUAGGCACAGAUUUUUGUCAUUCUUUAUCUUUUUUGUGUGUGUGUGACAGAGUCUCACUCUGUCACCAGGCUGGAAUGCAGUGGCGUGAUCUCGGCUCACUGCAACCUCUGCCUCCCAGGUUCAAGCGAUUCUCUUGCCUCAGCCUUUUGAGUAACUGGGGUUACAGGCGCGUGCCAUCACACCCAGCUCAUUUUUGUAUUUUUAGUAGAGAUGGGGUUUUACCGUGUUGGUCAGGCUGGUCUUGAACUCUUGACCUUGUGAUCUGCCCAACUCAGCCUCCCAGAGUGCUGGGAUUACAAGCAUGAGCCACCGCGCUCGGUCCCUUUCUUUUUAUUUAUUUAUUUAUUUUGAGAUGGAGUCUCGCUGUGUCACCCAGGCUGGAGUGUGGUGGCACGAUCUUGGCUCACUGCAACCCCUGCCUCCCAGGUUCAAGCAAUUCUCCUGCCUCAGCCUCCUGAGUAGCUGAGACUACAGGUAUGUGCCACUACACUCAGCUAAUUUUUGUAUUUUUUUUUAGUAGAGACAGGGUUUCACCAUGUUGGCCAGGCUGGUCUUGAACUCCUAACCUCAGGUGAUUCACACCCCUUGGCCUCCUGAAGUGCUGGGAUUACAGGCAUGAGCCACUGUGCCCGGCCAUUUUUUUGUGUUUUUAGUGGAGACAGGUUUUCACCAUGUUGGCCAGUAGUGUAUUUAGUUAUUUAAGGAGGGCUCAAUCAACAGGUUUAAAUGGUGUGCUAUUCAUAAUUAUUGCAAAAAUAGGCCGGGCCUGUAAUUCCAGCACUUUGGGAGGCCAAGGCAGGUGAAUCACUUGAGGCCAGGAGUUUGAGAUCAGCCUGGCCAACGUGGUGAAACUCCAUCUCUACUAAAAAUACCAAAAGUAGCGGGCGUGGUGACAGGUGCCUCUAAUCCCAGCUACUCGGGAGGCUGAGGCAGGAGAAUCGCUUGAACCCAAGAGUCAGAGGUUGCAGUGAGCCGAGAUCGCGCCAUUGCACUCCAGUGUGGGUGACGAGCGAAAAUCCGUCUCAACCAAGAAAAAAGAAAAAAAGAAAAAGAAAACUUAACUGGCCUUUGGGGCACAUGCCUGUAAUCCCAGCUUCUUGGGAGGCUGAGGCAUGAGAAAAAAAAUAAACCUGGGAGGUGGAGGUUGCAGUGAGUUGAGAUUGUGCCACUGCACUCCAGCUUAGGCAAUAAAACAAGACUGUCUCAAAAAAAAAAAAAAAAAAAAAAACUUAUU